AUGCAACUAACUGAAGAAUUUGCUGCUACGACACAAUAUUUUCCUGUAAGGAAGGCCUUAGAUGACGACACCAUUCACAAUUUUAAACCAGCAAAGAAAAUUACCCUAGAUGAUUUAAAUCAGAAUGUGCUGAAAUCAGAAUAUGCCGUCAGAGGUUCCAUCCCAAGAAGAGCAGAAGAAUUGGAAUUCGAACUAUUAAAUAAUGACAGUUCUGAUUCUCUUGCUUUUGAAAACAUCGUUCACGCCAAUAUUGGUAAUCCACAACAAUUGGAUCAAAAACCUUUGACGUUUUCUAGGCAAGUUAUCUCAAUUUUACAAUAUCCAGAACUGUUGAAUCAAAGAAACAUCCUUGUAUCAACAGGCAUUUUUAAGUCGGAUGCAAUGGAACGGGCCGAAACUUUGCUCUGCCAUAUAGGCGGCUCGGUGGGCGCUUACUCUUCUUCACAAGGUGUCUAUGGUAUUCGAGAAACUGUCGCCAAUUACAUAACUGCUAGAGAUAACGGGGAAACUGCUUCUCCUGAUGAUAUAUUUUUGACGGAAGGUGCCUCCAAAGCCGCUAGCUAUCUGCUUUCAUUAUUGUGCAAAGAUAAAAAUACCGGUGUACUGAUCCCAAUUCCACAAUAUCCUUUAUACACUGCCACCAUAACUCUUUGUGACGCCAAGAUGCUGCCUUACUACCUAAAUGAAGAGUCAGGUUGGUCGACUAACACAAAUGAGAUUGAGAAAGUAGUUCUAGAUGCAAUUGCUGAUAACGUCAAGCCAUCUGUCAUGGUUGUAAUUAAUCCGGGAAAUCCAACUGGUUCAGUUCUCAGCAAAGACGAUAUCAUCCACAUAAUAAAUAUUGGUGCCAAGUAUGGGAUAGUAUUGAUUGCUGAUGAAGUCUAUCAAGAAAACAUUUUUGAUGGUGAGUUUCAUUCCAUGAAAAAAGUUUUGAGAUCCUUACAGAAACAAUAUCCUGGAAAAUAUGAUGCCGUUCAGUUGGCUUCUCUCCACUCUACUUCAAAAGGUGUCUCUGGAGAAUGUGGCCAAAGAGGUGGUUAUAUGGAACUGGUGGGUUUUAAGGAUGAAAUCAGACAGGCUAUUCUGAAAUUAGCUUCAAUCUCAUUAUGUUCUGUAAUUACAGGCCAAGCUUUGGUUGAUUUAAUGGUAAAUCCCCCAAAGAAAGGUGAUGAAUCAUACGAGUUAGAUAAUUUCGAAAGAAAAAAUAUUCAUGAAACUCUAAAAGAAAGAGCUGAGAAAUUGUAUAAUCUAUUUUGUCAGUUAAAGGGAGUGGAAUGUCAAAAGCCACAGGGCGCCAUGUACCUUUUCCCCAAAUUACACUUUCCACAGACACUAAUAACGGAGGCAAUAAAUCAAAAUAUGAGCCCAGACGAAUUUUACUGUCACGCACUUCUAGAGGCUACCGGCAUUUGUACAGUACCAGGUUCAGGUUUUGGUCAAAAAGAAGGUACCUAUCAUCUAAGAACCACAUUCUUGGCACCUGGAAAUCAAUGGACGGAAAAAUGGAAGUUAUUUCAUGAAGAAUUUUUUUCCAAGUAUCAGUGA